GUUGGUUCGGAGCCAGGAGUUGUUGAACAGGGUGAUAGUGAUCCACACCAAUGUAUGCGUGUGUGCCGUCCCAACCAUUGGGGACGAAUCAUUGUGGGUGAUGUGAGCCCAUUCAGAUGAGGAUCGGUAUCAAGAUCCUGCCUCGUGUAUUGGAAACAACUCAACGAGCGAGGAGUUUGGCCAUUGUCGGUGUGUUUUCUUGGCAAUGGUCGCAUGAUUGGUGAAGUAUUGGUUGAUCAUGGCUAGGUGUCUUGUUAUUGGUGGUUCCGAGGAUCCUUGUGCAACUCUUGUGACCGUGAUGAGUGAAAGCCUUGGCCCAAGCCCAGACGUGUUUUUAAAUGAUUCUAAGCAAUUGUUUGGGUCCAAACGGCCUUAGUUACAAGGCAGCCGGUCAACAAUGACUUGCGGUGUCUGCCGAUCCCUUCAUGUGACCUCGGCUCCAAUAUGAUCUCAGGAUGGAUUUGAAUUGGCACGAACCCCCCCACGCCCACCAUCACAAGUCUAUGCCCGAAAUCCCAUCCACCCGGAACCCGUUGCGAAAACAAGAGACCACCUUUGACGCCUCGCCUGAGCCCCGGACCAACCCGUACAAGAAUUGCAACGGGAUCAAUCACAUCGACUAUCAAGUUUUAGUGGGUGAGGGAGCAGUCGAAGGUCGAAAUGGCCUGGGCCUCUAUGGGUCACCGGGGGUCUCUCCUCGGCGCCCAUUGCUCUCGGCUCAAAGCCAGGAAUCCUCGAGCAGUUUUGAAAGCGUCGGCCAAACUUCGGCCUCUGCACUCCAGCAGUAUCCUUCAAGUUCUCGCAAGAGACGAGCCUCUCUCCGAUGGUUGUGUAAUAAAAAAUUCAUUAACAAUAAGCAGAAAAUCCCCGAGGAGUCGCUUUCCAAUCCCGAUCCCGAAGACACGGUAGAUGUGGAAGAAGUGGCGGAGUGUGUUGAGGCCUUAGGCCCGGUGGAGCAUUUCGUUCGACAGGAAUCCCGGCGAUCUCUGGGCUUGGCUGGAACCUGUGAGAGCUUCGAUCCCACGAGUGAUAAUAUCUUGGGCUUUGCCGAGCUCCUGCAUCUCCAGAAAAAGAAAGGCCUUCGAAUCGUGCAAAAUGCAACGGGAUUGCGUUAUGGCGUGGAUCUGGAUUUGAUUGGCGGAAGAGAUGAUAUUACAACUUACUUCUCGGACGAACAACGCAAAAUUGACUUUGUUCUAGUCUAUGAGGAACGGGGAAUUAUUGAAGAGUUUAUUGAUCCCGAGGCCCUAAACGAAGACGCCAAACCAAGGAAAUCUGGAAUGAAGAAGAAACAAAAGUUCAGCUUAUGGCGCCAGAAGUUCAUGGCUUCCAUCCACGCCAUCGGGUUGGAAAGUGAAGAGGAAAUCAUUCAGAGACCUAAAAAUACCCUUCACUUCAUUCGGCUGCAUGCACCCUGGCCCCUUUUGUGCCGUUAUGCUGAGGAACUCAAUCUCCGGGCUCCAAUUCAGGAACACCAAACUGAAGACAAAACAAGGGCGGUUGAGACAUCUGCGGCUCAUCCCAACCCUUCAGGGAACUGGUCAGAAUGGAUGCUCUCAAAGCUGAGAUUGCCCAAUGUAAUGUUCGAAGAAGUGCCUAACAAGCCCUUGGACUACUACACAUGCCCAUUCAAGACUUCCAAAGUUGACAAGUUUCUGGGCAGCGAAGAUCCCAACUCGUUUUUUUCCCGGGCACAAAGGUCUCGAAUGGUUUGGGAGAUCUUGGCCACAGCCCCAUUUGGCAAGGAGAAGAAAGGAGAAGUGGGCGUGGAGCGCCUCGUCGAUGAGGGAGCCUUCUCUGCAGCCUUUCCAUUGCAUGAUGGACGAUUCGAGCACCCAGGGGAUGAGACGCCGGAGAAUUUGCUCAACACUCGGCAGAUCUUGUCUCACUAUUGGGCAGCUUGGGGCAAAUGGUACAAAUACCAACCAUUGGACCACAUACGAGAAUACUUUGGAGAGAAGAUUGCGAUUUACUUCGCUUGGCUGGGUUUUUACACGGGUUGGCUUUUACCCGCAGCGGUUGUGGGUGUUCUUGUCUUCCUUUAUGGUGUCCUGACCAUGAACCACAACACCAUUGCAUUGGAGACCUGCAACAACGGUGACCAAUUCACCAUGUGCCCUCUCUGUGAAGAGUGUGACUACUGGAAGCUCUCAGAUAUCUGUCUUUACAAGAAAAUCGCCUAUUUGUUUGACCACCCAGGCACCGUUUUCUACGCCAUUUUUAUGUCGUUCUGGGCUGUGACAUUCUUGGAGUACUGGAAGAGGAAAUCCGCUUCCUUGGCACAUCACUGGGAUUGCAUGGGCUUCCAAGAGGAGGAAGAGCGACCUCGGCCCGACUUUGCUGCCAAAGCUCCAUACCUGGAGAAGAACCCCAUCACCGGGGUCAGGGAACCCAGUUUUCCACAAUCCAAGCGAUACAAGCGAAUAGCUGCCGGAACAGCUUUAAUCUUGCUCAUGAUCAGCCUCGUCCUCAUCUUCAUCUUGGCCGUGAUCAUUUACCGGACGCUCGUGUCCAUCCCGUUGUUUCAAAACGAGACUCUCCGUCCCAUGGCCCAAGUGAUCGCCAGCAUGUCCGGAGCCAUGGUCAAUUUGAUUCUCAUCAUGUCCUUAGGGAGGGUCUACGAGAAAUUGGCAUUACGACUCACGACAUGGGAAAUGCAUCGAACCCAAUCUGAAUUUGAUGACAAUCUCACGUUCAAAGUGUUUAUCUUCCAAUUCAUCAACUUCUACUCUUCCAUCUUCUACAUAGCUUUCUUCAAAGGCCGUUUCGUGGGCUAUCCCGGUCACUACAAGCACAUUUUUGGAAACCUACGCAAUGAAGACUGCAGCAACGGCGGGUGUUUGAUUGAGCUGGCUCAACAAUUGGCCGUGAUCAUGGUGGGAAAACAGAUGAUCAACAACGCUCAAGAGGUUCUUAUCCCCAAGAUGAAGGCCUGGUGGCAUCACCGAAAGAGUUCCCUUCAAGAAAUCGGCGAAUCUCAGAUGGAACGGGAUUAUAAAUUGGUGGAAAAUGAGGGCCUCUUCCAAGAAUAUUUGGAAAUGGUGCUCCAAUUUGGGUUCAUCACCAUUUUCGUGGCGGCUUUCCCGUUGGCUCCGUUCUUCGCUUUGCUCAACAAUUGGGUGGAGAUCCGCCUGGAUGCUCAAAAAUUCGUCUGUGAGACUCGUCGUGCCGUGGCUGAACGAGCUGAAAACAUUGGGAUUUGGUUCAAGAUCCUUGACAUGUUGGCUCAAUUUGCAGUGAUUACAAAUGCCUUUCUUAUCGCGUUUACCUCAGAAUUCAUUCCCAAGUUGGUUUAUAAAUACGAGCACAAUUGGAACAUGCGUGGCUACGUCAACUUCACUUUGGCCACUUCGCCCGCCGAAGGUUGGAUGGAUGUCAAUCGUACCGAGUGCCGUUACCGGGCUUUCAGAGACACACGAGGCACGUUUACGCCCAUGCACUGGAAAAUCCUGGCCUUAAAAUUGGCCUUCGUCAUCAUAUUUGAGCACAUUGUGUUUGGCGUUUGUCGCCUCAUCGAUCUUGUGGUUCCCGACAUUCCCGAGUCUUUGGACAUUAAGAUCAAGCGAGAGAGAUUUCUAGCCAAAGAGGCUCUUCAGGAGGCUGAACAUGUACUACAGAAAGUUCUGACUGACCACCACGAUGAUAGCGAUCGUAGGGACUCUUCCGAUCCGGAUUCUCCGCUACUUCGACGUCGAAAUUGAAUCAUAAUGCCCCUUUGUGCUCGUUCCCACGCCUCUUUAUAUCUGUUUCGUUUUAUCUUUUAUUCAUGCAGAUUUUGAAAGAUCCUAUUUUCACUUGGUCUCUAUACCCAUCUAUUUUGUGAUUGAAUUGAAUGUUAUCUCGUCUUGCUACAACAAACUGAAACCGAAUUGUGAUACAAAUCGUUGCUAUUGUUAUAUUCGAAUGAUGAUGACGAUGAUGAAGAAGAAGAUAGGAUAUACCACUGAAUUUCUUAUUAGGUUUUAAGUACAAUAGACCUUUCCUCAACCGUUA